AUGCAGCGGUCAGGCCGUCAUUGGGUUCCCCCACCCGCCAUCUCAGCCGCAUCCAAGAAGAAAGCCGCUCCCACUCAGCCCAAGCAGAAGUCUGCACACUCCCCCUCCAAGAAGAUACCCAAGAAUGCCGGCCAUCUCGAGGAGUUGAGCGAGAAGGAGAGGGCAUGGCGGUUCAAGGAGCUCGUGUCGUUCAUCUGUAUGGAAAAGCUGCCCGAAAACGCCGAGACGAUUCGGCCUUUUCGUCGGCGAGAGAGGAAAGAGGCAGAUGGCAAAGUCACCGCGCGGGCACCCAAUAUUCUUGAGCAGCUAAUCGAUGCGCACUGCCUCUUGUACAAUUACGGCAGCUAUUUGCACCUUGACGGCCUCAUCAGCAAUGUGGCGGUCGACAAGGAUGGGCAAGUCUAUGUCUUUGAUCUUGGAGGAGCUCUCUCAAUGUCAAAGGGAUCCGGACCUUGCACUCAUCGACCCGAAGAGUGAAAGCACAAGAAGCUUGUGAGUUAUUCCUCUCUCGUAAGCCAAAUAUCUCAGAGCUCUCCCCUUCACCCCGUUGCCACGCCGCCAAAAGCGUCAAAAACCAUCACCAUGAAGACACGGGUGCCAACUAUCACCAUGGAAGAGGUGCGAGGUGUAGGCACGUAGAACGACCACACGUGCUGUCUUGCUUGUGUCUGUGUGCAGGCGGAACACCACAGUUGACCGCACCAGAAGUGUUGCGGCAGGAGGGCUACAUGCAAGCGGCAGACGUAUGGUCCUUCGGAGUCAUCCUGUGGUGCGGGAAUGAGUUUGAAAAUAAGUCAUUCGUGCUCUGAUCUCCCUCUAGUCACAUGCAUCGUAAUGUCAUCAGGGAGCUGCUUAUGGGGAAGAUUCCCUUCCG